GGUAACUGCGCCGUGUGUGACUGUGAGAUCUGCGGUUUGCGCAGUUGCGGCAGCAGUUUCACGUUCGCAGCUAAUCCAACAUGUCAAUACUGUUACAAGCAUGAGGACACGACGGUGGGAGCUAAAUGAGAAGGAGAAUGAGCUUUAGUGAUCAAUGUUUGAUCCAAACGUGUUGUUUUACAGCCGAAUAGACUGAUAACUUACAUAUUUAACUAUUUAAUCAGCUAAUAAAACCAUGUUACGGUUAACGAAGUCGGUGCUCCAGAAACUCCGUUAUGUCAGGUGAGUUAGAUAACUGUAAACUACAUUAAAUCGAUUAUUUCAUACUGUUUGUGCUUUUAAUACUUUAUUUUAAGUCACUGCUUUCAAUGUUUGUGCAACUGUGGUUUAGUUGUGUGUCUUUGUUGGUAAAAAUGUGCUUUGACUUUGUUGAAAUGUGUCUCUGAAGGUUAACUAAAGAAGCACCAACAUAUUGGACAACAUAAGGUUACUCAUCAGGAUGUUUCUGUGUUUGUGUUCUCGGUCCUCAGUGGAUCAGGACCUGGUUCAUUGUGGUAUAGAUGGGAAAAGAGGUGGAAUCAGCCUUUAAUGUGUGUCUCUAAAAGUUCAGUUCUACUACAGUCAGCUUAACAGUUCCUGGUAGUUUUGGUGCUGUGGGCAGGUACCAGGUCCUGUUGGGAAAGGAAAUCUGGAUCUUCAUCAAGAUUCUCACCAGAUAGAAGCACGGAGGUCACUAAAACCUCCUGGUAGACUUAAAGGGAUAUUCCGGCAUAGUUAAUUUAUGGUCAAACACACCGUAACACCGAGUUAGACCCCCCCUCCAGAGAUGAAUGUUCCCGUCCGCUUGCUUUUCUAGUUAUACCAACUUUAGUAACGACCGCAGGAUAGUAAUACAGAGAGACACGCACUCAACCAAAACGCCACUCCAUAGCCGCAAAUAAUGCUCAGAACAGCACCUAACUUAACCUCUUCCAUUCCAGUUUUAAUGGACAGCGUAAUACUUGGCGUCUGAAGAGCUCCUCAGCAGUGGAGAGAGCCUCUCAGUACCAACCAGGACAGAAGAUCCACGGUUUCACUGUGAAAGAGGUUCGUGUGAAGUUAAUACAGUUCAUUUCUUUUCCUCUAUAACCAAAAAUCUUUAGUAUCAUUUCAUAGCUUAAUCAUUUUAAAGGCACACCAAGUAAGUUUCAUAUUGUAUUUUGAUUGAUUGUCACAUAGUAAUUUGGUUGACCUCCAUUUUUCAUAUUUAGGGUUUAAUUUACCAGCUGAAACUUUGAGACUUGAUGGAAGAGUUAUACGGUCAUGUUGUUUUUUGAAGGGAUAUUCCGGCAUAAAUUUAAGUAAGGGUCAAACACACCAUAACACCGAGUUAGACACCCCCUCUAGAGACGAACGUUGCCAACCGCUUGCUUCUAUAGUUAUACCGUUACUAAAGUUGGUAUAACUAGAGAAGCAACCGGUCGGCAACAUUCGUCUCUGGAGGGGGUGUCUAACUCGGUGUUACGGUGUGUUUGACCCUAACUUAAUUUACGCUGGAAUAUCCCUUUAAUGCUGUUGUCCUCAGGUCGUUGCGGUCCCUGACUUGUUCCUCACAGCGGUGAAGCUGACCCAUGAUAAAACCGGAGCUCAGUACCUCCAUGCAGCCAGAGAUGACUCCAAUAACCUCUUCAGGUUGGUCUAAAUGCAGCUAUAAUAUACGUCCUUUUCUUGUUUGAGAUGACGUCAACACCUCUUCUGUCUGUUUGUGUUUCAGUGUUCAGUUCAGGACGACCCCCAUGGACAGCACAGGGGUCCCACACAUCCUGGAGCACACAGUCCUGUGUGGAUCUGAGAAGUAUCCCUGCAGAGACCCUUUCUUUAAGAUGCUCAACAGGUCUCUGUCCACCUUCAUGAACGCCUUCACAGGUACUCAUCAACAUAUGUGGAUCCUUCACUGUCAAUACUCUGAUUAAACACCAGUCAGUUUGAGUUCGCCUGUUUUUACUAAGGGUGUGGAAAAUAAUCGAUAUCAAUCGAUGCAUCGAUGCGCAUGUGCGCGAUGCGACUGCGUCGGCUCAUUCACUGGGUAUCGAUGCAAUUGACGGGUUAAAUCUAGAUUCAUCUAGAUGCGUUUGUGGGUAUCGGUAAAAUCCGAUGCAAGCGCCGUUUUAUUCAUUUUAAACUUCACCCAAUCUGCUGUUUCCCAGGCGCAUUGAAUGCACCAUCAUUUUUUCACGUUUUGUAUUGAAUACGGACGGAAGCCGUGAGGGACAUACAAUGCACUACUACUAAAACAGCAUGGACCACAUUCAAGUGAGCAGCAGCGAGAAAGAGUUUAUAUGUAAUGCACCCGCUACGUUUAAAUCAUAUGUUUGGAAACACUACGGAUUUGCAAAGAAAGACGGAAAGCUCGACAAAACGUCCGUCAUUUGCAAAGAAUGCCGCGUUAAGAAGCCGUACAACGGCGGCACGACAAACAUGCAGACCCACUUAAAAAGAGUACACCACAUCACCGACAAGUCUAACGCCACCUCCCCUCCCUUAACAUUGAUUGCACUGAUGAAAGUGUCACUUAAGGUUACUCAUUGAGAGUGUUUUGUUGUUGCUGUUUACUGUACUUUUUACAGAAGUAAUUAUUGUGUAAUUGUUUUACUCUUUUAUUAUUGCAGAACUCACUCAAAUCACUGAUUUUGUGGCCAGUUAGAAAGUCAACUCUAGCACAUUGGUUUGGCAGACAGUAGUAUGGCCAUUGAAUGGUUUAUUUGCACCAUGUUAGGCAGUGCAUUAGUUGUUUAAUAAUGUGUACUGUAAUAUUACCCAACAAGUAUAGAGCACUUGUGUGAUGUAGGGUUGGGGUUGGAAUCCUUUUUUUUAUUUUAUUUUUUUUAUUUUAUUGAUUCAGAUUCCUUAACAGUUGCAGGAGGUCUGUCUAAUCUGUGUAACUGUACAAAAUGAAGGAGCAUAGAAAAAAGACAAAAAGCACUUUUGUUGAAUUAACUGCUAAGUGCCUUUAAGGAAUAAAGCCAAAUCCUUUUUGUAGUACCAUACUGAAUUCCAUCUUUUAUUUUUAUUUCUUUUUUUUUCUUUGCUUAUUUGCAUCAUGUUGAAUUGCAUCAUAUCGCAACAAAUUGCAUCAUAUCGUAUCGGUUCGCAUUGAUUUGAACUAAAUGAUUAUUGUAUCGUAUCGCAUCGUGAAGAGGGUGAAUCGUAUCGCAUCGUAUCGCCAGAAAAUUCCAUGUAUCGUUAAAGUAUCGUAUCGCUGGCAGUGCAUCGAGAUGCGUAUCGAAUCGUCCUCAGUGCUGAGAUUCACAUCCCUAGUUUUUACUGGACUUGUUGGAUUAACUUUAGUGAUUCAGGUCCUGAAAAAGAGCAGCCGACAUGUCAAGCACGAGCUAAGGAUGCCUGAAAGGUUCAAAUAGUACUUGUACUCAUUAGUGCUGCUCACUCUGGGUCUCAUAGUGCAGAUUUAAAAGUUCUUGGUACUAAUAAACUCUGAUUUUUGGACAGAAAAUGUUGACCAUUUAAUUGGACGAGCGACAAACCUCCCACUGUGACUCAGUGGUACAAAGAAAUGUUUAGAGUUUUAUCGAUGGAAAGGCCAAGUGCUGAAUUAAAAAGGAAUGAUGAUAUUUUUAUGGACAUACGGCGACCCCUUAUGGAUUACUUGUCUAAAGGUCAAAGUGAAACUAUACGGAGGGGAGACGGUGGUUUAGGGGGUCCCAGACUGAGCUAAUGAUAAAAAUAAAUAUAUUUCUUUAAGUAAUGACAUUUUUCUUUGUUUACCUUUCUUUUUUGUUUUCUUUUUUGGCUCAUAUUUUAUCCUUUUCUCGUCAUUUUCUACCUUAUUUGAAUUAAAAAUAUGUGGUUUUGUAUAAAUUUUGAAAAUAAAAUGAAAUCUGAUUAUUAAAAAAAAAGUUCUUGGUACCAAAAAUCUUCUCCAGAUUCGCUGCAUGAAUGCUAACCUUCUUUGGUGAAUUGACGUCAUCAUUAAGCUCCGCCCACAAAUAACCAAAGACCGUCGUACGAAUGUUGUUCACACGCCUGAUAAGCUUCUUUGUCUUUUAAACAGCCAGUGAUUACACCAUGUACCCGUUCUCCACCCAGAACGGAAAGGACUUCCAGAAUCUUCUAUCGGUCUACCUGGACGCGGUUUUCUUCCCUUGUUUACGUGAGCAGGAUUUCUGGUGAGUUCAUCUUAAACUUUACUCGACUGAAUCGACCAAAACGGACGAUCGGCUCUAACGAGUUUGAUUCUGGGUGUCUUCGUUUGGCAGGCAGGAGGGCUGGAGGCUGGAGAAUGAAAACCCGACAGAUCCCGGCUCCCCGCUGGUGUUUAAAGGAGUGGUCUUCAAUGAAAUGAAGGGGGCUUUUGUAAGUCAGAGGCAGAUAUUCUGUUUGUUAUGCAGCAUGUAAAGACCUGAAAGAACUGCUCCAUAUGUGAAGGACGUCUUUAGAUGAGCCGCACUGUUCAAAUUUGAAAUAAAGACUCAUGGGCGUGUUAAUACGUUUGUUUUUAUUGUUAUAGUCGGACAACGAGCGUGUCUACGCCCAGCACCUCCAGAACAAACUGUAUCCAGACCAUACCUACUCGGUGGUGUCAGGAGGAGAACCUCUGGCCAUCCCCGACCUCACCUGGGAGCAGCUCAAACAGUUCCACGCCAUCCACUACCACCCCAGCAACGCCAGGUAGAUGGACACGGAUAGGGACACCUGUUAUCUGUUAUUGAAGAUAUUGGCCUGUCUGUCAUUUGUUGUCAUUAAAGGAUCGAUACGGUGAAAAACACAUUACAGGAGGAGCUUCUACAGUUACCUCCGCCUGUUCUGGGUCCGAUUCUGGUUCAUAGUUUGAAGUUUUAUUGUUUUUUUAUUGUCAUAAAACAGAAGAAGUAAAAACACUAACACAGAAGUAUUCACGCGUUAACUUCAUGGAUGAAUUUUUCGUCUUUUUCAGGUUUAAGGUGACCUGAUUAGAAAGAAACCCCCCCUGAGUGUGUCCUCUGUUUGUCCCUCAGGUUCUUCACCUACGGAGAUCUACCUUUGGAGCAGCACCUGAAGCAGAUCGAAGACGAAGCUCUGUCCAAGUUUGAGCGAAUCGACCCGAACACAGAGGUCCCGCCCCAGCCUCACUGGAGCAGCCCGGUACGUUCAGUUUUUAGACACAAGUCUGUAACAUUAGUCGUGAUCUCACCGUUCAAUGUUUCCCACAGAGAGAGGAUCAUGUGACCUGCAGCCCCGACGCUCUGGCUCCAGAUCCAGCUCGGCAGAACACGCUGUGUGUGAGCUACCUGCUGGGAGAGUAAGAUCUCUUCAUCUUUUUUAACCUUUUUAAGAAGCGUCACUUCACUGCAGCUCUUUUGUCAUGUUGAUAGAGUUUCAAAGAGGAUCUGACCCAGAAUAAAAAGACCUCAGACAUGAUUAUUUCUUUUGAGCCCGUCCCGUCAUUCACAAACAUCUGAAACCUCCUGUUUUUUACUCCGAGCAGCAUCACCGACACGUUUGAAGGAUUCACUCUCAGCCUGCUGUCGUCUCUGAUGAUCUCUGGUCCAAACUCUCCUUUCUACAAAUCUCUCAUUGAGCCUAAGAUAGGAACAGACUUCUCCUCUGUGGUGGGGUGAGUACGCACAAUUUAAGAUAAGAAACGCAAACCCUUUGGUCCGUGAAGUUGAGAUAAGAAACAGUUUGGUUUGAUAAGAGACAGAGUAGAUUGAUUUUGACUUUAUUUCAACCCAAACAUCUAACGCCCCACAGUAUCCACGUUCUUCUCUUGUAUGUUUUAAAGUGUGUUUCAUGUUUUUGCAGAUAUGACGGCAGCACCAAAGAGGCUUCGUUCAGUAUCGGCCUGCAGGGGAUGGCUGAGGAGGACACAGAGCGGGUGAAGCAGAUCAUCAGUCAAACCAUCGACGACAUUAUCCGGUCAGUUCGAAUCUCCUCUCGAAUAUUUCUGUUUGUUUUUGACUGUUUGGAAGAAUUUAAUACGUUUAACAAAACACACACUCAAAAAUGAACCGGACAUCGACAGCGGUGAUCAAUUAUUCACUAAUGACACAACAGGGAAAGACUUAACUACCGUAUUUUCUGAACUUUAAGUCCCAUCAAUGAAGAAGAAAAAACAUAAUAAGUCACAUAUUUUGGGGGAAAUUUGUUUUGCGAAAUCCAAGACCAAGAACAGACAUUUCAUUUCAAAAGGCAAGUUAUAAUAAAAACACUAGAAUAGAGAACAACAGGCUGAAUAGGUGUACGGUAUGCCAACAUAACACGUUGACUGUUAUUCAGCUACAUGAAGCAUAAACAACAAACUCAACAGGUGUCUGGUAUCUUAACGUAACAUAUUGUCAGUUAUUCAGAUAAUUAUAGUAUAAAGAACAUCACAGAACAAGUUUACCAAACCCUCCAUCUGAGUCGAUAUGAGUUAACAUCAAUUUUAAAUUCUCAGUGGUACAGAAGUAACAGAUACUGGAACGUCAGCCUAGAGCGCCCUCUAGCAGCCGUCAGUGUAAAAAUAACAAACGUGAAAUUAUAUAUUUUGAUAUAGAAGUCCCACCUGAGUAUAAGUUGCAAACCCAGCCAGACUCCAAAAAAAAGUGCAACUUUUAGUCUGGAAAAAACGGUACUUUUCUUUUAUGGUCUCAUAUUUUAGAUUCUCACUUUUUUACCUUCUUCAAUUUUAUAAAAUAUUUACUUUUUAUUUUAAAAACUCAGAUUCCAAAUUUCUAACUUCGACUUUAAUUUUUAAUUAAGAGCAAAAUCCAAAAAUUUAACUUCCAAAUUUAAACUCUAAAUUUCUGUUCCAAAAAAUUAUUCGUAGAAGAUUAAAUUUCAUAAUUCGUUAUCAGGUCCAAACUGAAACUAUUUAUUUCAAAUUUAAAAAUUAAAAUUUAAACUCGGAUUUAAAACUCAGAUUUACACUCCAGACGCUGUUGAGACUAAAGUGUCUGGUCUGUUUUCACACGGAGCUUCAGAGGAUCCUUUCUAAGUGAAAAACUGUAAAAGUUUACGAUGUUUGACUUCUUAUCAUGAUCCUCAGGACUGGAUUUGAGGAGGAAAGGAUCGAGGCUCUGCUGCACAAGAUUGAGAUCCAGAUGAAGCACCAGUCCACCAACUUCGGCCUCUCUCUGGCCUCGGUGAGUUCACUUCUGUUUAUCUGUAACCUUCAGUCUGUUUACAUGAACACAAGGACGCUGCGUGUUUUCAUCAACAUCUUUAUAAUAACAAGGACAGUCGUUUGUGUUGUCGGCGCAGAAAUCUUGAUUUUCCUGUUUGAUUUUAAAAGUCUGUUUCAUUAUUCGUGACAGUUUGUGGGUUUUGUGUGUUUCCAGUACGUUGCAUCAUCCUGGAACCACGACGGCGACCCGGUGGAGCUGCUGCAGAUUAACGACAGCGUUACCAAGUUCAAACAGACUCUGAAGGAAAACCCUCGCUUCCUCCAGGACAAAGUCAAACACUACUUCAAGGUACAAGGAACAAAUCCUUUUUUUAACGUGUUAGCGGGACUCCGGUUUAGCCGCAUGCUAACUGCAGAGCUUAAAAAGCGGCGAGUUAAACCUGUAACCCCUCUCUCUUCUCAGGACAACACACACAGACUGACCCUGUCCAUGAGCCCAGAUGACGGGUACUUAGAGAAACAGGCCAAAGCUGAGGAGGAGAAGCUCCAGAAGAAGAUCCAGGCUCUGUCAGAGGGUGACAAAAAGGAGAUUUACCAAAAAGGUGAUUCUCAUUUCCAUCUUUUCAUUUACAGACCUUCAUGCUGAAGCUUGAUCAGCAUCUUUAGAGGACGUGUUUGGGGGGUUUAAACUCUGAGUUUGCAUGUGUCACUGAAACUGUUGCGUCACACUUCUGUUUCAGACUUGACAACACGGUAACAUGGUGUGUUUCUCUUCUUGAAAAGGUUUGGAGCUGCUGGACGCUCAGAGUAAAACCCAGGACGCCUCCUGUUUGCCUGCGCUGAAAGUGUCCGACAUCGCACCCACGAUACCGAUCACACCCGUUCAAAUCAGCACGGCAGGUACAGCACCGCGUCCGAUCUGCUGCAGCUCACGUCAUAUCAACUCAAUGAUGUUAAAACCGUGAAAAGUCUUUUGUCCCUUAAAGACCCUAAACUCCCUGUCUCUACAGGAGGCGUUCCUGUCCAGUACUGUGAGCAGCCCACCAACGGUUUAGUUUACUUCAGAGCCAUGUGCAGCCUCAACACGCUGCCAGAGGACCUCCGACUUUACGUCCCGCUCUUCUGCGGCGUGGUCACCAAGUGAGUUUGUCUGUUUGUCUGUGAGGCUAAAACCAGGUCGGAGACUUUGUGUACUUUGUCUUUUUUUUGUUUCCCUGCAUGAAAAACCAGUAGAGGCGGUUUGUAGAGAGUUUAAAGACACUGAUCCAGUUAAUUUGCAUAAUCUCCUAAGAGAGGCUGAAUUUUUUCCCCUGUAUAUAAAAAUUAUAAACUCCAAAUCUGGUAAAGUAAAUUUGCUGACUGGAUGUUUUUAUUAGGAUGGGCUGUGGAGCUCUGGACUACAGACAACAGUCCCAACAGAUGGAGCUGAGGACAGGAGGCAUGUCUGUUUCCACCCAGGUCAUCCCUGACUCCACCCAGCUGGACAUGUUCGAGCAGGUUAGUGCCAACUCAGCGUCUGAAAUAAAACACUGAAGAUAUGAACAGUGAAGUGAAGAAGAAACCUGAUUUUUGUCUCGACUGAAAAGAUCCACCAAGAAGCUGCAAAUUUUAGAUUUUUUUAAAAUAUUGAAAAACAUGAUCCUUCCUGUGAUCCAUUUUAUCAUCUAUUGAUUCUCUUUAUUUAUCUAUUGCAGGAAGUUAUUCUUUGUGAAUUGGUUGUAGACAGUGGGUCCAAAUGUUCCUUACAUCUACAAAUGCAACUCAAGGCUGUACUGUAGAAUUCCAAGAUCAAAGACAGGAUUCUGAGAACCAAUCCAGAAUUCCAAGACCACAGUUAAUAUUCUCUUCUUAAAUUCAGAAUACUAAGAUCAAAGCCAGGAUUCUUUUAUCAAAUUCAGAAUUCCAAGAUAGAAGCAAGGAAUCCCUUAUUAAAUUCUGAAUUCUGAGCUCACAGCCAAAAUUUGAAGAUUAAAGUCAAGAUUAUUUCUUAUUAAUGUUAGAAUUCCGUGAUUUUUGCCAGGAUUUCAAGAUCAAAGUUAGAAUUCUGAGAUCCAAUUCAGAACUCCGAGACAAGAGCAAAUCUUCUCUCAUUAAAUUCAGAACUCUAACAUCACGGCAGGAAUUUUCUUAUUAAUGUCAGAAUUCCAAGAUCAAAUUCAAUAUUCCAAGAAAGCCCUAAUUCCAAGAUAAAAACCAAGAUUCAGAGUUAGAGGCCAAAGUUUUUGAAAACAAAUUUAGGAUUUUUGGAUCAAAUUGAUCAGAUGUAGUCAUGUUUGGAGCUGAGGUGUAUCUGUCAGGUCAGCGGUUCUGAACUGGUGGGUCCCAACCCAAAGGUGGGUCAUGGACAUGUUCUGGAUGGGUCGCGAACAGCUGGUCAAAAAAGUAAAUAUUUAAUGAGCAUCUGAUGUUUGACGUGUCUUUUAUUUUGAAAGGCAGGCGUUAUGGGUUUGUAUAAAGAUAAUACAUGGGUCUUUUUGGUCUUAAUUUUGUGCAGUUUGAUAUUCACUUUUGUCCAUGCCUCGUUGCAGGGUCCUCCUCAGGUUCUGCAUAUAAGUCAAAUUGUUCAUUUUGUUGGUCUCUGUUUUGUGCAAUUUGAUAUUUUCUGUAUGUGGAACUUCAGUUGAGAACCUCUGUGUUAGAUGGUCUCUGUCUUUUUGAUAAAGUGAACAAGAAUAUUCAGGAGCAUUGGUUGGGCGCUGCAGGUUAUCAAACGUGUGAGGGAUCUGGCUGCCAAAAAUUACUCGGGUGGCUCGAUCAGGUGUCGUCUCUGUGUGAGAAAUGCUGACCCGUGGUCUUUGUUUCAGGGCGUCCUCCUGUCCUCCUCUUGUCUGGAGAGGAACCUUCCUCACAUGUUUGAGCUCUGGAGCGACAUCUUCCACAAGUAAGUCCUGGAUUUCACCACACGGCUGAAACGAUCGAUCAGCACAUUUCCACUCAGUCUCUGUUUGUUUCGCUGCCUCUCAAUGUGUCCAGAAACUCUUGUUUUAAUGAAGUCAAUAUUUUCCUUCAGCCCCCACUUGGAUGAGACAGAGCGCCUGAGAGUACUGGUGAUGAUGUCAGCUCAGGAGUUAGCCAAUGGGAUCUCAUACUCAGGUCACCUGUACGCUAUGACCCACGCAGGCCGUCACCUGACUCCAGCAGGAGACCUCCACGAGACGUUUGGUGGGAUGGAGCAGGUGGGCGGCUCAGACUCAGACUGAAUAACGGACCUCACGCUAACCUCAUGUGAAAUCAUGUCAUUUUCUGUUAUCUGAACAUCAGGUGAAGUUUAUGAAGAGGAUAGCCGAGAAGUCAGACCUCAGCAAAGUCAUCCGAACACUGACCAGGAUCAAGAAGCAUCUUCUCAACCCAGACAACAUGAGGUCGGUCCAUCUUUUCUCGCUCCUCUUACUGACCAACAAAGUUUAUCAAAGUUUAUCAGACGUGAGAAAAAGUAGAUUUAAGAUGCGUCCUUAAAUUUAGAAUAGUAGGAAUUAGUAGAGAUCUAGUACAUCGAAUCACAUGAUCUUGUGAUUGACCUGCUGCUACAGAGUUUUGAAUAAGUUAUAAUAUUUGUUGUUUUUUUUACAGGUGUGCGAUCAACGCAACUCCACAGAAAAUGUCGGACACAGCAGCCCAGCUGGAGAGUUUCAUGAAGGACGUCGCUGAAAACAGAAAAGAGCGCAAACCAGUCAGAGCGAACAUCAUUGAGGUGAAAUAUCGACACCUAACUGUAUUUUAGAAAACAGAAUAAAUAUCAUGAUCAUCAUAAAAUAUUCUUGAUUGUUUGAUUUUUCUCUAAAGCGACCUCUCGACCCUCAGGAUGACUCUGGUCUGAGCAGAAAACUCAUCUCUGUAAGUUUUCCAAAACGACCCUGAAUUUCUGUUUCCUGUUUCUGUUCUCUUUUAAAAAAACGUUUUUACCGAAACUUAAAUCCUUUUUUUUUCUGUUUGAUGUCGCAGGACUUAAAUUUCCAGCCGUAUCAGAUGAAAACUUUCUUCCAGCUCCCCUUCCCUGUGAACUUUGUCAGUGAGAGCAUUCGUACGGUACCGUUCUCCCACCAGGACUACGCCAGGUAACCACGAAUAUAUACGAGACAGAACGUUGGCGUGGUGUUAAACAGCGAACUUCCAUAUCUGUACCCUCGGUCUAAAAACCACGGCGGUCUUUCUUUCUCUUGAAGUUUGUGCAUCUUGGCGAGGAUGAUGACGGCUAAAUUUCUGCAUGGUGAGAUCCGUGAGAAAGGAGGAGCGUACGGGGGCGGGGCCAAGAUGGGAGGCGGUCUUUUCUCCUUUUACUCCUAUCGGUAGGUCGAGGGUCAUUUCACAACACUGCUCACAGUUUUGGAAAGCUCAAAUUUCAGAGACUUUCCCUUCGUAUUUGACUCGUCUCUUUGUCUCCAAGGGAUCCGAACUCGCUGCAGACCUUGUCAGCGUUUCGUAGAGGUGUGGACUGGGCGAAGGCGGGACAGUUCACCCAGCAGGACAUCGAUGAGGCCAAACUCUCUGUCUUCUCAGCUGUAGACUCACCUGUGGCCCCUUCAAGCAAAGGUGAGAACCUUUGAGGCAGCGCUCGACGGUGCGACCGUUUCACUCACGACUAAAACAUAGAUGUAAUAAAAAUAUAUUUUUUUAAGGUCUAAUGCUUUUGUGCGACUAAAUUCCAAGUAUUUUGUUUCUAUCGUUUUAACUAUUGAUCCUGGAAUAAUAUAGAGAUAACUAGUGAGUUCCUGUUCUCUCUCUUUCACUGUUGGUUCAUUAUGCGUUUGUGUUUCAGGAAUGGGUCGCUUCCUCAGCGGAGUCACAGAUGAGAUGAAGCAGAAUCACAGAGAGCGACUUUUCGCUGUUUCUCAUAAAAACCUGGUGGAAGUGGCUGAAAGGUAAGACAUUUAACUCAGAGAGAGAAGAGUUACAAACUCAGCAUGUAAAAACUGAAACUGUACAUGUUUUUGUAAUGAAGUCUUAAAAAAGUGUCCCUUUUUUCUCUGUAGAUACCUCGGUGUUGGUCAGAGGACAUGUGGGGUGGCUAUUUUAGGACCAGAGAACGAGGCAAUUAAGAAAGAUCCCUCAUGGAUUGUGAAAUAAUCCCAUCAAUAGUUAUUUUAUAACCCAAAACAUGACUGCACUUCUGAUUAAUCACACACUAUGUACUGAGACCUCAACUACAAUCCGUUAUGACUUUUAAACAAGGUUACAGGAAAGGCUGAAGCGCACAAUAAAAAGAAGACGACUGAGCUGUUAGUGUUUUAGUCAGUAUUCAGUUAUUCAGACAGUUUCUUCUCCAUCACUUUAGUCUGUAUAUAAUUAUGAUUUAUGAAUUAUAAUAUGAUGAAAAAACCGAA